UUCGGACACAAAAGUUUGGUGGAAUUUUUUAUGAAUAUACCUGACCAUAUAAUAGCCCAUGACCAUCGAGAGAGGACGCCACUACACUGGGCAGCGCUUGGUGGACGAGUAUGUAUCCUCAAAAUGUUAUUUGGCAAGAGAAAUACAAUCCAGGCUCAGGAUAAAAUUGGCCGAACAGCCUUGCAUUGCGCUGCUUCCGAAGGGCACACACACGCAGUUCGCUGGCUGAUUGAAAACGAUGCCGAUUACCUAGAGAAGGAUCAGAGAAAGAGGACACCUCUGAAACUAGCA